GCCGGAUCUCGUUGCGGCUUCGCAAAUUUGCUAGCCGAUAUAUGUCGAUAAUUGCCUGGUUCGGGAUUUGGACGAUGUGGAUGCUUGGCGGCCUAUAAAAUCCCCGCGUCUAACUCCAGCAGCUGUUCGUCCCAUUGCUCCUCUGUUGUGACAAUCAUCCAAAACUGUUUUCACUUUAGCGCACAAUAGCAAAAAAAAAAUAAACAUGUCAACAAAAUUAGAGACCAAGACCCUGCGCCUAGGGACUGCAUCUCCCUCGCCGGCGGCGACAACAGCCGAGACGCUCCUGGUGGUCGACCAAGUGGCGACCCGUGCAGCUGAUCAAAAAAUUGAUCUCCUGCUCCUCCCAGAGGCGUUCCUCGGCGGCUACCCGCGUGGCACGUCGUUCGGGAGCGUUAUCGGAAGUCGCUCGGACGAGGGUCGUGAGGAGUUCCGCCAGUACUUUCGCGGUGCUGUCGAUCUCGGCGAUGUUGUCGGCGAGGGCGGUGCCGGUGCCGGAGCCAAGUGGGUGAGGCGGGAGCUCGAUGGGGAGGGUGAUGCCAAGACCCGUGGCGAUGGUACGAGGGAGAAGCUCGAAGAGAUUGCUCGGAAGACCGGCGUCUUUGUUGUCGUCGGGCUGAUUGAGAGAGCCGGAGGCAGUCUCUACUGCGCCGUCGUCUACGUCUGCCCCAGCUUGGGUAUUAUUGGGAAGAGAAGGAAGGUUAUGCCGACUGGCAGUGAGCGCCUAGUAUGGGCCCAAGGGUCUCCUGCCACCCUCCGAGCAGUGACCACGACCAUCCGCGGCGUCCGCCUCAACCUGGCAGCCGCCAUCUGCUGGGAGAGCUACAUGCCCAUGCUCCGGCAGGCGCUUUACCAGCAAAACAUCAACCUCUACCUCGCCCCAACGGCCGACGGCCGCGAUACGUGGCUGUCCCUGAUGCGCACUAUCGGGUGCGAGGGGCGGUGCUUCGUCGUUAGCUCCAACAUGUGCGUGCCGCCCAAGGGGAUUGAAACCGCGAGCGGGGUUGAGGUCUCAACCACGGAGCCCUUUGUCUCCCGCGGCGGGUCGUGCAUCACCGGACCCAUGGGCGCCGUCCUCGCUGGACCACAGUGGGAAAACAACCAGGAUAUCAUCUACGCCGACGUCAACUUUGAGGACUGCAUCAGGGGGAGGCUGGACCUGGAUGCUGCGGGGAGCUACUCGAGGAACGACUCGUUUAAGUUUUCUGUCGAGGGGCUGGACAUGAGUCCGUUGCCUUAUUAAUUGGUUAGAUGUAACAAUCAAUGAUACGGCGUGGAGGGAUAUUAGGGGUAGUUUAUGAUGUUAAACAUCUAUGAUCACACAUGAAAGCGAGAGGGAGGCAUCUAACUGGACACUUUGGCAUAUAAUUUAGGAAUAGCCUGGGAAGGCUGAGGAUCCUGAAGACCAGAUAAUGUUUGCCGAGUACCUACCUAGACCUAGCUGCAUGUAGUCAAUGUCGAUUGAAGGGUUUAACCAAGUUAGGGUGGAAGUUGAGUGAAUUCCCAGAAACUGUCUCGGGGAUGAGAAUAGGUGCGUAUUGUUUGCAGUGAGGACCAAACGGGAAGUUCAUGUAGUAGA